AUGGGUCUUUACAAGUUUCUCUUCGCCGUCGUCCCGGCCGUUUUGGCUGCCGACAUCUACGUCUCGCCCUCUGGCUCCGACAGCGCCGGCGGUACCCUCGCCGCUCCUCUGAAGUCGAUCCAGAAGGCUGUCGACAAGGCCGUCGCUGGUGACACUAUCUACCUUCGUGGCGGCACCUACUCGCCCACCACCAACAUCAAGAUCACCAAGAGCGGUACGGCCGCCAAGCCCUACACCCUGACGGCUUACAACAACGAGGCCGUCAUCCUCGACGGUGAGGCCCUGCCUGGUACUCCCGGCGCUCUGGACUCCUCGCUCGCCAACGCCGACCGUGGUGUCUUGCACAUUGAGAAGGCCAACUACUGGAAGUUCUACAAGUUGACCAUCAUCAACGGCCCCUAUGGCGUCUACCUCCGUGACGGCUCCAACAACUACUUUGAGCGCAUUGUCACCCACGACAACUACGAGACCGGCUUCCAGAUGCAGGGCUCCCUGAGCAACAACCAGGUCAUCUACCUCGACUCCUACCGCAACCGCGACCCCCGCAAGAACGGUGAGAGUGCCGACGGCUUCGCCUGCAAGGAGGGCUCUGGCACUGGUAACAUUCUCAAGGGUGCCCGCCUUUGGGAGAACGUCGACGACGGUCUGGAUCUCUGGGAGUUCAAGUCCCCCAUCACUAUCAUGGACACCAUCUCCUGGGGCAACGGCGUGAACCGCUGGAGCUUCUCCAACUUCCAGGGCGACGGCAACGGAUUCAAGCUGGGUGGUGGCGACGCUGCCGACAUUGGUGCCGCCAACCACGUCGUCACCAACUGCAUCGCCUUCGAGAACGCCGCCAAGGGCUUCACGGACAACAAGCAGCCCGGCAACUUCCAGUUCUCCCGCAACACUGCUUUCAACAACGGUGCCGUCGGCUUCCAGACCAUCACCACCAAGUCGACUCUCAAGAACAACAUUGCGGCCCGCAACUCCAAGACGACUGCCAAGACCGGCCAGACCUCGCUCGUCAAGGGCACCUCCAGCAGCGGCAACUCCUGGGACGGCAGCGCCACCUGGUCCGAUGCUAGCUUCAAGAGCGUUGACACCAAGCUUGUCAAGGGCGCCCGCCAGGCCAAUGGCAAGAUCGCUCCUAGCAACUUCUUGAUCCCCACCUCCGGAGCCGCCGUUGGUGCCACCACCACCUGGUCUUAA